AACAUGUAUCUCAGUUAGAUGAGAAGCCAGAGGGAUAAAAAGGUAUAGGAUCCUCAAGAAAUAAUGUCACAUGUUAUGCUUCUAUGGAAAUCCUACUUGGAGACACACAUUGUCUCUCUUCCUCUCUCGAUAUAAGCAAAGAGAGCCUUUAACUCAGUGUCAAGUUUUACAUUGCUUUUCCACUCUCGAAUUUGCAAGCAGCCAACAUGCAACUCACAAGCUCAUUCAAGUUAGUUUUUCUCAAACAAAUGCUCCGGGGGUUUCUGCUAUCUGAUGCUUCAUCCAAUAGCAUGAGCUUCCAUGAGAGGAAAAAUGCCAUCAAGCUCUCAGCUGACGCUGCAAUAGCCUUUGCUAGAGGCAGAACCAGAUGGUCUCAGGGUCUCAUCACAAACCUCUCCAAGAAUGAGAAGAACAAGGAAAUACUCAAAAGUCUCCUAGGAAGGGAGUAUGAUAACUUACGCAAGCCAUGCAGCAACUCGUUGAAGAUUCCUAGAUCGAAGAAGAUACUCAGAAGGUGCUUAAGGAUGUGUUCAAGGAGGAAGAAGGCAGGAAGAGCACAGCAUAUCUGUAAAAGCAUCCUUGCAAAGGCAUUGGCCAAGAAGAGGAUCCAAGUGCUUAAAAAGCUUGUACCUGGAGGUGAGUCUAUGGAUGGGUUCUCCUUACUAGAUGAAACUUUGGACUAUGCUAUGUCUCUUAAAGCUCAGGUUGAUGUAAUGCGACGUCUUCUGAAAACUUCCAAAGCCUCAUUGAAUAUCAAAGCCCCCACAGAAUCCACAAUGCAAGUAAAGCAGCCAUCACUUGCAGGCAAAUGAAAGCUUGGGGACAAGGAGGCAUAGAUUUCACAGCCAGAGGUCAUCUUUGAAGGCCUCGCAAAGCCUAAAGUCCACAUGCAAGCAUGUUUUCUGUCAAGAAGGAAACUUAGAUAGCUAGGAUUGGCCAUCCUUUGUUCUGUAUUCAAACUUUGCUGCAAAAUGUUAAAUGUCAUAUGAAGGCCAACUUGUCCAAUGUUUGAGGUCGUAUAGCAGUGUAGAAGUGUAAUUAAAGAGAGGAUUAAGUUGGAGUUUAUUUCUGGGAGUAGGUGUCACUAGCUAAAUUCAAUAUGAAUCCUAGUGAUAAAUGGGAAACCAUCUCCCGGACACAACAACAUUUGAAAGAAA